AUGGCGCGGUGGCCCGCCCGCUGCGCCGCGGCCCUGGUGCUGCGCGCCGCGCCGCUGGCACGGGGGCAGGUGCUGGACCUCCAGGUCGGGGCCGACGGCAGCUACCGCGUCGCACACAAUGGCGACCUCUGGCUGCAGGGCGGCGAGACCAGGGUCGGCGAGCACUCCUCCGCCUCGGGGGACCUCGUGGUGCUGGAGACGUUCACCUACGAGGGCUCCGACGCGCUCGGGGGCUUCGUGGCGCAGACCCUGCGCUGGGCCCGGAGCCCCAACGCCAGCGCGGGCGCGGUCCUGCUGGAGACGACCUUCCGAACGUAUCCUGCAGACAAGGGUGUCCUCCUGUUUGAGCAAUACUUCCCGUCGGCCAUCAGCAUCACUGCGCCGGACAACGGCCUGCUGGCCAGCACGCUCUUCCCCGCCUUCAGCCGGAAGCCAGGCCCAGCGGACAGCCUGGAUUGCUUCUCGUACCAUGGUAUCUUCCCACGCAUGAAGGGCUGCAAGGUGGAAACGUAUGCGGAGUCGCACCUGGGGGGCACCCCCCUGGUCAUCUACAACUCCACGAGGGCGGACCUGCCGGUGGUCGUGCUGGCGCCGCUGACCGCCCCGAAGGCGCAGCACAUGGCCUCCACGGAGGGCAUGUUCGGCGUGGGCGUGAAGGCGACGGUCGGGCUGAUCUCGAGAGCAGGGGUCCACGACGGGAUGAUGGCGUGGGGUGACCGUGCUCUCAAGUAUCUCGCGAAGCCCAGAGCCGACAUGUACGCGGGCAACAUAGUAGGCUCAAUCGGCUUCUGGACCGACAACGGCGGCUACUACCACUAUGCCACUGGCUCGAACGAAACGUACGAGGAGGUAUUGCCACAGGUGAAGGCAUAUCACGACUCCAUCGGAGUUCCCUUCAAGCAUUGGCAGUUCGACUCUUGGUUUUACCCCAAGGACGGCGCAGUUGAUCCCGGCGGCGGCGGCGGCGGCGUCACGAAUUGGACAGCGAUCCCAGAUGUUUUCCCAGGCGGGAUGGCCCACAUUCAGUCGUUGUUGAAGAUGCCCAUGGCGAUGCACAAUCGCCAGUGGUCACCGCACUCUGACUACAUCAACAAUCUGAGCUUCGAGUGGUACACGUCUAACGGGGUAGCGAUUCCGAAGGACCCCUUUGCCUUCUUCAAGUGGUUCUUCGCGCAGCAGGAGGGCUGGGGCCUCGAGAUGUACGAGCAGGACUGGAUGAGCACGCAGAACGACAAGACCGACGCGCUCCAGACCAACAUUACCAUGGGCGACCUUUGGCUCGCAGGCAUGGCCGCGGGCGCGGCUGGCAGCAACCGCACCGUGCAGUACUGCAUGCCGUACCCCAGCGAUGUGCUGUCUGGCGCCGCCCACCCUGCCGUCACGAACGCGCGCGCCACGGGCGACUACUUCCACAGCGACAACCAGUGGGCGGUGGGCAGCACGGCCCUCUUCUACUGGGCCCUUGGGAUACUGCCCUUCAAGGACGGUUUCUACUCUAGCACGCACCUCCAGAAGGGGGGCCAAACCAAGGGUCCCGAGAUGCACCCCGACCGGGAGGCCAUAAUGGCGACGCUGUCUUGUGCAAUGGUGGGCCCCAUGGACGGCAUCAACCUCUUGAACGCUACCCGUGUCAUGUCCACUUGCCGCAAUGACGGCAUUUUGCUCAAGCCAGACGAGCCAGUGGUCACUUCCGAGGAAUGUUUCAGGAGGCCAGGUGAUCCUGGUGAGUGCUGGUUGUUCCAUGCGUACUCGAGCGUGCCUACUCGAUCCUGGCAAGAGCUGCAUGUUCACUACCUCUUCAGUGAUAACGGCACGGAGCCCAUCACCCCAGGGAUGGUGAAUCUCAGGGAUCACAGCGGCCACGUAGUAUACAAUUGGUACACCGGGGAGCUGUCUCCGCUCGCCGAGACCAACCUCCUCCGCCCUGGCUACGAGGGGCACGUCUAUGCUGUCGUGACCGUGGCGUUCGAUGGGUGGAUCUUCCUCGGAGAGGUGGACAAGUACGUGACCGCGGCCAGGAUCAGAUUCCAACACGUGGCCGUACGGGAAUCGGACCCCUCCGUCCUCGAUGUGACCGUCGCUGGCAGCGGCGCUGGAAGCGAGGAUGUGCAGGUUUGCGCAGCUCAGGUGUCCAUCCUCCGCGUCGUGUGCAAGAUUGCGCACUUCGGGGCAGCAGGCGGUGUACAGACGCUGAGUUUUGAGCCCGAGGGGCAGCGGCUCCUCGACUCCCAGCUCGGCCACGCCGACCUGGAGACGCCGAAGUCGGGCGCCGCGUCGGCAUCGUCGAGCUCCGUGUACGGCUACCAGGCAAACGAGGCGCACGAGUUGCUGUACGGUGCGCCGCACGGAGCGGCCCGCGCCCACGCGGAACAGCUGCAGGCCAAGGCGUCGGCGCCACAGCCGCCGCCGCGUCUCGGAGGAGCACACGCGGGCCUCUCGGUCUACACGGUGACCAUGCGGGGCGUGCCGGCGGGGUACACGAAGCAGCUCGUCGCGGGCGAGCUCCAGGACGCGGGCUUCAGCAGCGGACGCGACUUCGACUUCCUGUAUGUGCCGAGUGUUCCCCUCUCCCCGGGCGACGAAACCACGAACUGCUUCGUCAACUUCACCAGUGCGACGGUGAUGAACGCCUUCUGCUCGGCCUUCGGCGGCAGGAAGAUGCGGAAGUUCAACGGGCGCAAGCCGGUGCAGGUCACCAUCACCACCCCGGAGGACCUCGUCUCACUGAUGCUGCCUCCCGGCGGCGCCGGCCCGGCGCCCGGCCCAGGUGCCGGCCCGUCCAUCGCGGCGGCGCCCCAGGGGAUCCCCGCGGCCCCGUCCGCGGCGCCGCCGCCGGUGCAGAUUUCGCUAGGGAGUUGCGCCGCCCGCGCCGUCGCUUCUGCUGAACACGGCGCCGCCGACGACGCCUCCCCAGGCCUGGUGCCAGCUCGGGACGCAGCCGAGGCCGCCGGUGGCCGGGCUGCACGCUGCCAACGGCCACCAGCAGCCAGCGGCAGCCCGCCCGGUCAUCUUCUGUCCCUCGUGCGGCACGAAAGGCCAGGGCGAGUUCCGGUUCUGCUCUCGGUGCGGCUUCCACGUGCAGAGCGUCCGCUAGCAAGGGGGGGCCCGACGCAGGGCGCCCAGGGCUCGGCGGAAUGGGCGACGUGCCCUUCGUUGAGUGACGGCGCGCCUGCAACGGCCGCGCAGGGCAGCGCUCUCAUGCCCACCCUGCUCUCCACCUUCCUUCCGGCGAGCUCCCCCGCCUGUUGCAGCACCGCGUCGCUGCCAGGCGCGGCCUGA